AUGGAGGGCUCGGCGGCUACGGGCUGGCGGCGGCCGCUGCAGCGGGUCAGCAUGCAGGAGCACAUGGCCAUCGACGUGAGCCCCGGCCCCAUCCGGCCCAUCCGCCUCAUCUCCGACUACUUCCCGCACUUCUACCCCUUCGCCGAGCUGGCCCAGCACGGCCCCGGCCCGCGGCCUGCUGCCUCCGGCGCUGAACGCCCGCUGCCUGCUGACCCCGAGCCCGAGGGUGACUCAGAUGACAGCGCUGGCCUGGGCAUGCUGGAGUUCACGCUGCUUUUCGACGCGGACAACAGCGCCCUGCACUGCACUGCCCACCGGGCCAAGGGCCUCAAGCCCCCCGCCGCCGGCUCUGUGGACACCUACGUCAAGGCGAACCUGCUGCCAGGAGCCAGCAAGGCCAGCCAGCUGCGCACGCGCACCGUGCGGGGCACCCGGGGGCCUGUGUGGGAGGAGACGCUCACCUACCACGGCUUCACCCGCCAGGAUGCAGGGCGCAAGACCCUGCGGCUGUGUGUGUGUGAGGACCCACGGCUGCGGAGACGCGGGCGGGGUCCCCCCCUGGGGGAGCUGCGCGUGCCCCUGAGGAAGCUGGUGCCCAACCGCGCGCGGAGCUUCGACGUGUGCCUGGAGAAGCGACGACUGAUCAAGAGGCCCAAGAGUCUGGACGCUGCCCGCGGCAUGUCUCUGUAUGAGGAGGAGACAGAAGCGGAGGAGGCAGCUGGGGCGGAGCGGGGGCGCAUCCUGCUGUCACUCUGCUACAGCUCUCAGAGGGGCGGCCUGCUGGUGGGUGUGCUACGCUGUGCCCACCUCGCCCCCAUGGAUGCCAACGGCUACUCGGACCCCUUUGUCCGCCUUCUUCUGCAGCCCAACGUGGGAAAGAAAUCCAAGUACAAGACCAGUGUUCGAAAGAAGACCCUGAACCCCGAGUUCAAUGAGGAAUUCUUCUAUGGGGGCCCUCGGGAGGAGCUGGCUCAGAAGACGCUGUUGGUGUCUGUGUGGGACUAUGACCUGGGCACUGCGGAUGACUUCAUCGGUGGGGUACAGCUGGGCAGCCAUGCCAGUGGGGAGCGCCUGUGGCACUGGCGUGAGUGCCUGGGCCACAGCAACCACCGGCUGGAGCUGUGGCACCCGCUGGACGGCGUGCCCCUCCAACUCAGCGACUAGCCCUGCCCAUCACCCCACCCUCCUGCUGGACAAGCAGGCCCAGCCCCUGCUCAGAGCUGCUUCCCUGCCUGCCUCCCUCCCAGCUUGAGACCCACCCGCCACUCAACCCUGAUGCAAAAAUAAACAUCUGCUCCAAACCAAA